AUGUCUGAAGCCAGCCCUUCCUCAGACCUCAUAGUGACACCACCCACACGCCACACACCGGGACAGCGAGGCCACAACCCCUUGGCUUGCAUCCUGUGCCUGCUUACUGCUGGUGCACAGCGGCUGCACAUCAACAGGCUCGAACUUCUUCCUCGCCGCGCCCGGGACACAAACCCACGCUUUCUGAGUUGGAGGGGACUGGCAUCAGCAUCACUAUCACAACAACAACAACAACAGCAACAACAACAGCAGCAGCAGCAGCAACAGCACCAACAACAACGACAGCGACAACGACAGCAACAGCAAUAA